AUGGAUAACUCUGCCUAUAACGGACGCGGCUGGACUUUUCAAGAACGAUUGCUCUCUCGAAGGUGUCUUUAUUUCACGAGGGACCAAGCGUUUUUCGAGUGUCAAGAGCUUCUCUGUUCCGAAGACAGAACGCCCUCUCCAAAUGACAAGCGACCAAGGAAUUCCUAUCUUUCGACAGCUGGGAAUUCUGUAAAACGUGACUUGAUUGAGUUUGGAGACUCAUUUGCGGCCAGCAAGGAUGAUCGACAGCAACUCAGACACAGCAAAAUCAUUCAAGAAUACACUCGGAAGAAGCUGAGCUUCAGUGAUGAUAUUCUCAAUGCAUUUGCGGGUAUUGGAACUUCCCUUGAACAGCUCUGUAACUGGUCUAUGGUCUAUGACCUGACGGCACAGCUUCUAGACAGAGCUCUUCUUUGGGAACAGAACACUGAGACUUCACUCAGCUCAGAGAAGGCUAUCAUUCUCAAUUUCCAACAUGGUCCUGGUCAGCUUGGGUCGGUGGUGUUGAUUACAACGAGUGGACGGCAUCAGAUAUCAAUAUCCUUCAUUCCCCAUUUAAGCUCAUACAUCCUCAAGAGCGGGUUGAUCGUCAAAACGUAUCACCCUUGA